CUCUUACCACAUUUUCAGGGCGUCCACAACGGAAACCGGCCGGUUAAUCGAUAGUACUUCAGUUAAACAUAGCUUUUACUCAUACAAACAGUAAUCAUGUCUACUCCUCGUGUUUUCUUUGAUGUGACCGCCGAUGGCGCUCCUGUUGGACGUAUCGUCAUGGAGCUCCGUGCUGAUGUUGUCCCUAAGACUGCCGAGAACUUCCGUGCUCUGUGCACUGGAGAGAAGGGAUUUGGAUACAAGGGAUCCACCUUCCACAGGGUCAUCCCCAACUUCAUGUGCCAGGGUGGAGAUUUCACCAACCACAAUGGAACCGGUGGAAAGUCUAUUUAUGGAAACAAGUUCGAGGAUGAGAACUUUGCCCUGAAGCACACUGGACCUGGUAUCUUGUCGAUGGCCAACGCUGGACCCAACACCAACGGAUCCCAGUUUUUCCUUUGCACCGCCAAGACCCAGUGGUUGGACGGCAAGCACGUCGUUUUCGGUCAGGUCGUUGAGGGCAUGGACGUUGUUAAGAAGGUUGAAUCCUUCGGAUCUCAGAGUGGAAAGACUAACAAGAAGGUCGUCAUUGCUGACUGUGGCCAGUGUUAACUCUUCAAUCCCUUCAACUUUUUUCUGUCAUGGAUUUAUUGGUUUAUUUUAAAACCCUGUAACACACUUUUUAACCAUUUAUGUGCAUUUAAUGCCUGCCACUAUUCCAACACUUCGGCAAUAAAGAUUUGAACGUUAAAAUUA